AUGGCUGCUGCAGACGAUGUACCUGCAGGGGACCAGCCGCCCAAGACGCCUCGAGGGAAGAGCGUUUCUCGCUUCAACCUGGGACUGUUCCGCGACUCAGAUGCGCAGAGCUCGCCCGGCUCCAAGAGCAUCCGCAACCUGCCUGCGUCCAUCUCGCUCUCGCAAGCUCCCCCCUUGCUAGACGCGCCGCCGAUCCCCAACUUCGUGCUCAGCGCAAAUCCCAAAAACGACUCGAGCCCCUCGCAACGCCGGUUCUUUGGUGGUGACCUGAAGCCGCCGCCCUCACCCUCGGCCAGGUCCUUCAUUUCUGAGCCCGGAUCGCCCUUUGGCUCGCACUUUGGCACGCCAUUGAGCAGGACUGCCAGCAGGACCGAGAGGGAGAUUGACGAGCUCGCCGCACAGCUCGACUUUGAAAUCGAGGAGGCGCAUCGCAAAAAGGCAGAGGCCCUGCAGAGCUCCAAGGAGGAAGACGCCGCUCGCUGCGAAGACGACGUCGCGCGACUCGAGGCCGAAAGGGACCUUGUUAUUGACGAGCAGAGGAAGUUCGACUUGGCUCGGCUUCAGGCGCAGCCGCCUUCGACUCCGUCCGCGGCAAAGCCCAAGAGGGUCCUCGAGAAGCUCAACCUCUUCUCACGAAGCAGGAAACCGAGCACCAACUUCAUUCAGCCGCCACUGACCCCUCUGCCACCGGCUACUCCAAACAGCAUCGCACCCUCUGUUUUUACACCCACACCCAGCAUCAGCCGGAGAAGCAGCCUCGACGACUCUCCUCCGCUGCACCCCUCGCAAAGGAUGAGCUUCAUUCGACCACACCCGGAUGGCGAUGCGCCAAUCUCUGCCAUCAAUGGCGGUGAACGACGCAUCACUGUUCGAUGCCUUUCGUCAACCAUCAAUCUGGAAGUAACUGCUGAUACUACGCCGGAGGACAUCCUCAUCGCAACCGCUGCGCAGACACGGCAUGAAAUUGAUGUCGAAACCAGUGUCGUCCUCGAGUGCUAUGACACUCUUGGGCUGGAAAGGCGCAUGCGACGCUACGAGCAUGUACGAGACACCUUGAAUUCUUGGGACCGUGACCAGGACAAUUCACUCAUGGUGGUGCCUUGUGACACGCCGGGAGAUGACGACAACCUCGAGCUCUCCUCUGUCCCGCAGACGGAUGAGCCUGCGCCUGGAUUCACUAUCCAGCUCUAUCAUUCUCCUCGCCCUGGCAAGUGGAGCAAAAGGUUCAUCACCUUGCUAAGCACCGGCCAAGUAUUUGCUUCCAAGCGCGCCGAUGCGCAGCCCGCGGACAAAGACAGCACAUCGUUGUGCCACCUAACGGACUUUGACAUUUAUAAGCCCAAGGAGAGUGAGGUGAAGCGGCAUCUCAAGCCUCCCAAGAAGAUCUGCUAUGCCAUCAAGAGCCAACAGAAGACAGUCGUCUUUCCCAAUGGAGAGAAUUUCGUCCACUUCUUCUGUACCGACGAUGCUGCCGUAGCCCAGAGAUUCUUUGACCAGGUGCAUGCUUGGCGAAGCUGGUACAUUGUCAACAAGAUAACACACUCACGCCCGAUAGAGAGACCUCCGCCUCUUGACCUGAGCGUUGAAAGCAUCAAGAUGCCAAUCAUCCCCGAGAAGUCUCCACGAGUCUCCAGCGGCUUGACCCUUUCCACUGGAUCCUUCAUAGAUGAGAGCGACUUCACCAGGGCCAUCGAGGAAUCUACCAGGAAGCUGGCCCUGGAGGCCCAGCUCAAUAAAAACAAGCCUAGAGGAAGGAAGGCCUCUAGCGCAUCCGUCGCCCUCAGCGUGAAAGAAACGUUUUCGCCUACUGGCUUACUAGGUGAAGGGUAUGAAAAGCGCAAGGAGGAGGCAGCGGCGGCAAGCGAGACUACAACCGACGUCGCAAGCCCUACUGUCAAGAAGCUUGAGGGCCCAUUCACCGAAGGCCCGUCAUUGCUGAAUAGCAUUGGGCUAUCAUCCCCCAAAUCGCCCAAAUCUCCUGAACAGCCCCCAGCAAAGUCUUGGUUCCCAUCCGCUGCCGAACACAGCGCGCGCAACCGAACUGCUUCGAUUUCCCUUCGACGGCCUAGCCUCCACGUCCCCGAGAAGGCCCUCGGCAAGGCCCUGGAUCGAGACGCGGCCAAGGGCUACGCCCCCCACCGGGCUCGCCCCUCGUCAACUUUGCAACUGGGGGACAACAAGGACCACCAGGAUCACCAGGAGGAAGACCCGGUCCGCCUCCUGCCGGCGGUCCUCUACCGCAGCCGGGCCCGCGAAACCGUAGCCGCUCUAUUGCCAGUGCCAGCGGCGUCGGCGGCGGCUCUCGACGCAUGCCUGGCGCCGAAGACCUCCCUUCUGCAUCUGCACAAAACCGAGGACCCGGCCCACGAGCGAGCCGAAUGCCUCCCCCUCCUUCUCCUCACGGCCCCGUGCCGCCGCACCGUGAUCAUCGCCGUCCGGGUCCUUUGUUGCAGGAACGCCAAGAGCGUCCCAAAGAGCGCCCCAGAGAACGUCCUCAAGAGCGACGGCCAGGGCCUCUAG